AGACCAUCACCACUGCAACGUCAAGAAGACUUCGCUCAACAUGCGCAUAACCCGCUCGGCCACUCGCAUGUCUACUGCGGUGGACGCUAAUGGCACCAAAGUGCCCGUCGAGGAGACCGUGACGGUGGUGCCCAAAACCAACGGCAAGAGGGCAGCAAAUACAGAGCUUCACGAGCCUCCCAAAAGGGCUCGCGCUACCAAUCCGUCAUCAAACACUCCUGCGGAAGAAGAAGAGACAACAGCACCGGUCCCUCGUGCCCCCACGAUACCUAUCACCCCCAAACCCGCCGCAGAUGGGGAAGAGCUUGUCCCGGCAGUACUCACCUUCUCGUUCGAGGUUGCGAAGAACCAUCUCAUUAGCGUGGACCCCCGGUUCGAAGAGAUGUUCAAGAGGGUGUCAUGCAAGCCUUUCGAACAUCUUGAGAGAGUGGACCCCUUUCGCGGCGCCAGAAUGCAGAACCCGGGAAGCGAGAUCGUGACUAGCAUAGGUCGAGUUGUGGCAGAGCCGUCGAAAACGCGAAUGUCCGGGGCCCAGGAGGGCAGGGAGAAUUUACGAGUGAAUAUUCGUGGCGUCACGUUCUCUCCCAUCUUCUCGACGCAGCUUCCGCCGCGUAACGCAGGAACAGUACCUGCGUUGCACUGUGCCAAGAUGCACCGAGAUAAGGUCGCAUCGGCGAGAGCGAUCACACACAAAUUCGUGCGCCUAUUCGACCCAUCAAUCCCCGAAGACGUGUCGGAGAGCCAGUACGUGUCUCCUCGAGCUAGCCGGUCCGACUUCUUCCCCUCGGCGCAUCAAGUGAUCGCCAAGGACGUAGCAACGCUCAGGACUGCUGGCCUGAGCGGUCGGAAGGCCGAGUACGUCCUUGACCUCGCGGGCAAGUUUGCUGAUGGGACCUUGUCGACGAGAAAGCUGCUCGAGGCCGACGACGAGGAGCUCCACAAGAUGCUCACUGCAGUGCGGGGGAUUGGGACAUGGACCGUUGACAUGUUCGCCAUGUUCUCUCUCCGCCGACCGGACAUCCUCCCCGUUGGGGAUCUGGGUGUCCAACGUGGUAUGCUGCGGUGGUUCAUAUCCCUGCACUCGCCAUCGCAUGCGGUGUUCAUCAGACAAGACAAGCUGAACGACCAGGAUACCACGGAUACUCAACUUACCGCAGACAGCGGGACCAGUCAAGAGAUCAGCCAAAGUCAGAAUGAAGUCAGAGCAACGACUGCCCACGCGUCCGCCCUCCCGGCAGCUCCGGACGCCCUCUCCCCUUCUGUUCAGAACAAAAAAGGGAAGGGGAAGGCCGCGAAGGAAGCGGCCGUAGAGGCCGAUACGGGCAUGGUUCUCCCCCCUGCAUUCACGCCGUCGAUCAACAAGACACUGAACAUGCUCGGGAACCCGGACGAGGUCGGGAUAGGAUUCGAAGUCCCGCCUCUGCCGGAGGGUCUCACUGUGGCACAGAUGAAGACUCGGUUGACCGGGAAGAACAAGAUCAAGGGGGCGCUGUUAACCCCAAUGGAAAUGGAGGCGCUCGCAGAGAGCUGGAGGCCGUACCGCAGCCUUGGAGUGUAUUACAUGUGGGCACUGUCGGAAGAGCCUAAGUGACCCUGUAUUGUCGGAGUAUUUAUGCACUGCUCCGUGCUCGGCUAUUAUAGCUUUCGUCCCCGGACUCGAGUAAGCCGGCGGCGCGCUGUCAGAGGAGGAUAUUUGUGGGUCUGUGAUACAGUGCCACGAACGGCGACGUCGAGAACGAACGAUGUAUGCAAUGUUGCCUUUUAUAUAACGUAAUGCGAUCUGAC